AUGUCGUCUCGGAUGUAUUCCAUCAACAAGGGAGCCGGGGACGCGACCAAUCGAGGGCAUGCCCAGGGAAGUGGAAAAGGCUGGAGGCCAUGGAAGCCAGAGUCCACGGUAGCGGUCACAGGCAUCACAGACAAGAUGAAGAAGACAGUGCUGCAAGCCUCUUUCGGGGAAUUUGGCAGGAUCAUCCGCAUCGAGGUGCCGGAUGGCAAGACAGUUGCCUUCGUGGAGUUCGAAGAGCGCCGGGAUGCCGACGAUGCGGUGAAAGAGAUGCACAAUGCUCUCGUGGAAGGGCGUCGAAUCGGAGUGCGAAUGGUGGAAGAUUUGGAAGCCAAGCAGCCCCGCGCUCGUGAAGAUCCUUCCGACAGGCCUCGAGACCGCAGCCGAAGCCAAGCGCGAAGGUCAAGACGGUGA